CCUCCGGUGGGAAUGAUGAUGAAGGCCACAGCCUGCUUAUGUGUCAUUAUAAACAUCAUGACAUUCCUGACCACUGUCUGCACAACAAAAUUCUCCCUUACUGUAAUACCAGACGUUAUGACGUUAGAAAAGUAGAUAUCAUGUAUACAUAUAUAGGCAAUACGAUGAAAGGUAUUAUUGAUGGAAGCCAAUAUAGGACAUGGUAACUUGUACAUUUGCAUGGCUGAAUGUGGUUGGUGGAGGCUCUGCCAGAGGCAAGCUGUGCCUGAGAGGAAACGGCUCGAGUGUAACCUGAGUCCAAAUGAAACGUGUGUGCGUUUUCACUGCUGCUGCUGCUACUGCAGAAGUUCGUGCAGAGAGCGGAGUGGCUCGCAGCAGACAGAAUGGGAGGACGCAACGAGGAACUGAUGGGCUCAGGUUCUGUAGGACCACUGGUUCUCAUGGUGAUGUGCUUGCCGUUGCACACCGCUGUCUACAGCGGGCCCCUGCAGCCCGAGCUUUCCAACGGGACUUUCCAUCACUUCUUUGUUCCGGACGGUGAUUUUGAAGAAUACGACGACCCCGAGAAAUGUCAAAUGUUGUUCCGAUUCUCGGACGCGCGUAGAUGUGACGCGAACGAGGACAGCGACUCGGUGAUCCGGGACGACUUCAUCAUCGCCAGGCAUCAGGUGGAGGACACGGCCAGACUGCUUGAUGGCAUCGUGAGGACUAUAUCGUACGACCUGGACGGCGACGAGGGCUACGGGAAGUAUCUGCGGCGGGAGUUGUCUCAGAUCUUUGAAGCCUUCACCAGCGUGGACGCGUCUCUGCUGGAGCUGGAGGUCAAGUUCAAGCAGAGUCAAGAGAGCGACCAGAGAGAGGAGCAUCAGCUGAACGGACUGGUGGUGAAGCCUCUCGAUGAUGUGAAGAGGCUUAUCAGGGAGACAAAGGACAUCUCCCUGGGACUAAAAGACCAGCAAGAAUUGCUUUCCCUCGUCGUCCGGAGUCAUGGCGCUCGAUUGAGCCGUUUAAAAACAGAUUAUCUUAAUGUUUAAUGGGGACGGCUAAGCCUUUGUGUGUGUGUGUGUGUGUGUGUGUGUGUGUGUGUGUGUGUGUGUGUGUGUGUGUGUGUGUGUGUGUGUGUGUGUGUGUGUGUGUGUGUGUGUGUGUGUGUGUGUGUGCGUGCGUGCGUCCGUGCGUGCGUGCGUGCCUUUCUGUCUGUCUGUCUGUCUGUCUGUCUGUCUGUCUGUCUGUCUGUCUGUGUGGGAGCGUGUGUCACUGUAUUGUUGGGUGCGCGUGUGUGGGAGAAAGAGACAGAGAGAUAAUAGAUAAAAGGGAGAAAGGAGGGGGGGGGGGGAUUUUUCUUUGUUAACAAUUAACAAAGAAAAAUCCGUUGGGGAUUAAGAAUAUCCUCAUAUCUAUCUUCAAGUGUGACCUUUAUACCGGCGCCUCUGAAGUGAGUGUCUGCUGGAAAGAGCUCUAAGAAUAACAUCAACACAUUCCUCAGCCUCACACGGGCCAGACUAAAGUAAGCCCCCCCCCGGGUCAUCUCCACCACCGCUCCAGGAGAAUAUAGGAUCACCUUCAGUAAUUCAAUACAGUAACCAUUGUCGUUUUAUGUGUUGUGUUUGUGUUUGUCUUUGUGAGUGGCUAUACUGGGUCUUGCUAUAAUGCAGCCUGUUAGCAUAAAGGAAGAGGAAAUCCAAACACCAAACAUAACAUUAUAAAUCCUAGCCUAAUAAAGAACUAAUUUAAACCCUUCGCCAUGUGUUCCUCUGUUAAUGAAUGAAGUCGUUGAUCAACCAUUAAAGCCUAGUGAGAUACUAUUCAGAGAGAGUUCAAAUGCAUGGGAUGAUUUUUAUUUGUAGCAAAAAAAGAACCCAAAUGGUCAACUUUUUUAUUACGUCUACUGUGUGGUGCCACUAGUUGAUUGACAUCGGAAGAUUGUUAUUUCCCCUGGAAGUCCAUCUGGAAGUCAUCACGUCGGGCAGGAAGUCCUGGCUUCAAAGGCCUGUUUUGUAUCCUCUAACUGGGAGACUGGGUUGUUAUUGUAUGGUUGAAGAUCUGGCCUGAGCAGGACUUUAGUAUUACUUGAAAUGGUGUGUCCAAGCCCCAGGCAAAUACAUAGUUUCUUCUUUCCUGAAAUUAGAAGUAUAGGCUAUUUCAGACAAAAGAAACAAAAUACAAAAAAUUAGGAUUCAGUCAAAGGUUUCUGAAAGAUAGCACUUUGAGUCGUUGAUUGAAUCACAUACUUUUGUUUUCCUAUGAAAUUAAUCUGCGUUUGAUUGUUUUUGACAGACAACCCAAUGGUUUCAGCCUGCUCUCACUCCCUCCAGCACCAAAAGCCACAAAGUAACUGCUAUGGUGCCGUGUUUCCCAGGGUUGUGGUCCAGGGAGCUGCAUGGCCUGCAUGGUGCGACUGGGUGUGACUUCCUCCCUGUCUGGCUUUCCUCAUCAGCACAGCUUCGGCCCGA